AUGGUCACGGCGUACUCGACAGGGAGUAUACUUGUUGAAUCGAGGCAGGCUAAUUGGUUCCAUGCAGAGUUAUGGAGUCUUUCUCUCAUAUUAUCUCUCAAACGAUGUAUUUCCCAAUACGAGCGCCCUGUCAUAUGCCUUCACUGGUGGUUUGAGUAUCUCAUCCGCCUCUGGGGAAUGCGAUUCGUGCUGAACGUCGGCGUUUUCUUUGAGACCUUAUCAUUGAUCGGAUCUUCCUUCGCUACCCAAAAAUGGCAUAUUUUUUUGAGUCAGGGUGUCUGUUUCGGAUGGGGUAUGGGAUUUCUGUUCGUUGGUAGUGUGGGAGUCACGCCGCAGUGGUUCCAGCGACGAAGGAGUUUGGCAAUGGGCAUCAAUGCAGCCGGCUCAGGCCUUGGAGGGCUGAUCUGGUCUCUUGCGGUAGGCGCUAUGAUUCCCCGCCUGGGUCUCGGAUGGGCAUUCCGAAUCCUUGGUAUCAUUUCUUGCGUGGUCAACCUAGUUUGCGCCAACCUGCUGAGAGAUCGCAACAAAGCCGUUGGAAGUCGCUUCAAAGCAUUCCACCUUCCGUUGCUGAAGCGCCCUGAAUUCCUUCUUUUCCUAGCCUGGGGCAUUUUUACCAUGCUCGGUUACGUGGCCCUCCUAUUCAGUGUUGCCAAUUUCGCCCUCUCUGUGGGUCUCUCUCCCCACCAGGGCAGUAUUGUCAGCGCUUUGUUGAAUCUCGGUCAAGGGCUCGGACGUCCCCUUGUGGGGAUGUUCAGCGAUAAAUUGGGCCGAAUCAACAUCGCAACAUUCCUCUCCUUUUGUUGCGGCCUGUUCUGUCUCGUGAUCUGGACUUUCGCCCGCAGCAUGGGCGUCGUCUGCUUCUUCGCUGUCCUCGUGGGUACCGUAGCAGGUACGUACUGGGCUACCUGUACGCCCGUCGCUGCCGAGAUCCUAGGCCUUCGGGAUCUUCCAAGCGGGCUUAGCAUCACCUGGCUGACUCUUGUGCCUCCGACAACGGUCUCGGAGGCCAUCGCCCUGCUGCUGCGAGACGAGAAAUCAGCCAACUCGAAGUAUCUACGUGUUCAGAUCUUUACGGGCUUCAUGUAUCUGGGCAGCGCACUGUGUCUCUGGAUCGUCAGAGGUUGGAAAGUGGGGGAUAUGGCUCGGGAGAAGGAAGCCUCGGUCAGUGUGGUGCAUACUGAGAAAAGCGAGGCAGCUGUUGGGAAUUUGGGCCUUGCCGAUGCUGAAUUUGAGAAACAUGGUCAUAGUCGAGGCGCAGUGUCACCUAUUCCAGAACCUCCCUUGGUGGAUCCCUGGAAUCUUCCUACCCUGCUGCGUGGGAUGGUGGCUGUGAAACGGGUCUGA